UCCAGCACAGUAGGUGUCGGCAUGCGCGUUGUUUGCGGACUACCAUUAUAUCAUAGAAGAAGCAGUGUCGUCUGCCGAAAACUCACGCGAAGAAGAAGCUGCACGUUAACGUGAUAGUGUAGUUGCAGAUAAUUUGUGACUACGUUUUAGACCGUAGCUCUGGCCACAACAAUAUAGCCGAAAUUGAUUGAUUAUAUUAUGGAAAGCGACACCGAGAUGGAGGACUUCGAUAGCAGCGAGGAGGGAAGCAAUUGGUCUGAUGAUAGUUACCUUGCAGACGAAGACUUCAGCUUCGACUAUCAGGAGGGAGUGGAUCCACACGAGGACGCUCUUGAUUGGGAAGAGGACUCAAAUGAAUCAGCAGGUGACACACCACCCAGAGUCACACCAAGGAAAGAGAGCCAAUCUGAGAGCGGGGUAAAGUGUUCUGAUUCUCCAGAAGAACCAUGGGUACCAUGCAAAGGUUCACAGUCAACAAGGACAUCAAGUGUUAAAACGGAUGAAGAUGAAGCCCCACUGCUGAGCACCUUGCAUCCAGACCAACAGCGUAGCCCGUCAGUGAAUUUGUCAACAAAGACCUAUUCUCCACGUAAAAGAGUGCCGGCCUCACCCUCAUUAAAGUCCAAAGUACCACGUCUCUCAACCCCAAGAAAAAACUCUCGCUUACCACACAGAACAACCGAGUCAGAUCAGCCAUGGAAAACAGAGGAACACCCUGAUGAGGGUCCUCAACCUUUGAGAUUUUGUCCAAGCAGACCUCCUGGACCUCAAGUAGAUCCCUCAGCCAUGUACUCACCGUUAGACUUAUUUCAAAUGUUUUUUACAAAAGUCACGGUCAGAACCCUCUGCGACAAUACAAAUAGACAGGCGGCUAGAAACAUUGGUAGGGGCAAAAAGUUUAAGUGGAUAGAUAUAACUGUGAAGGAGUUUUACAAAUUCAUUGGAUUGGUCUUCUUUACUGCUCUGGUUAAGACAAGAGCUAUCAGUGAUUACUGGAUAACAAACUCCAUCUUCUCGAUUCCGUUUCCAGCUACUGUGAUGAACAGGGAUAGAUACAGAAUCAUAUCAUGGAACAUUCACAUGAGUGAUCCUGAUGAGGAUGCUGUCAAUGACAGUAAAAAGGGUACUCCUGAAUAUGAUAGGCUAUUUCGGCUCAAACCAUUAAUGAAUGAUAUUCGUCAUGCCUGCAUGUCCUGUUUCCACCCACAUAGAAACCUGGCUGUAGAUGAACGGAUGGUGGCAUCAAAAGCAAGAAAUGGGUUGAUUGAAUAUAUCAAGUCAAAGCCCACUAAAUUUGGCUUUAAGAUUUUUGUGUUAGCUGACUCCAGCAAUGGCUAUACAGUGGACUAUGCUGUGUAUAUCGGCAAAAACACGUUUCCCGUUGGCUUUGGAAUUUGUCACGAUUCAGUGAUGUCCCUCGUAAGGCCCUCUGUUCUUGGCUCAGGUUACCACGUGUAUCUUGACAACUACUUCUCCAGCCCAAAAUUAUUCAAGGACUUAUUUGAUAUGAAAAUGGGAGCAUGUGGUACCAUGAGGGAAGGCAGAUUGGGCUUCCCAAGAUCAGAAGAAAAUGCGCUGACCAAGAAAUCCCCAAGAGGAUCUUUACGGUGGAUAAGGGAGGGCUCCCUGCUCUUUGUGAAGUGGAAGGAUGCCCGGGAAGUGUCAAUGGGUACCACCAUUCAUCAAGCGUAUGGAGGGGAGACAAUAAAAAGGAAACGCAAGAAUAAGGAUGGCAAAUGGUCUCAUGAGUCAAUUCCAGUACCCACCCCAAUUCUAGAAUACAAUAAAAACAUGGGAGGUGUUGACUUAUCUGACCAACUGAUUACUUACUUCUCAGCCCACCGCAAAACAAUGAAGUGGUACCGAACAUUGUUCUACCAUUUUGUGGACAUAGCGACUACUAACAGCUACAUCAUUCACAAGGAUCUGUGUAAAGUGAACAAGAUGCAGCCCAUGACCCACAAAGAAUUCACACAAGCGCUCGUGGCCCAGCUCUGCGAGGUGUCCAUUGAGACUCAGUCCAAGCCGACGAACACUGGACAUACACCUGUCCCGAUCAAGCCUGUGGCAGACAAAAGCAAGAGAAGUUCUGCAGGACGAAAGCGCUGCGAACUCUGCAAGAAAUCGGGACACUCCAAAGACACUCCCUGGAAGUGCAAUGAGUGUGGCGUACCACUCUGUGUCAUUCCAGACAGAAAUUGCUUUCAUGAUUGGCACAACCUUGAGGGAAUGGCCCCAGUUGAGUAUCAGUCUUCGGACUCUUGAGUAAAGCUGUAAGACUUGUGCAGCUGUAUCCUAUCCAUCGCAGAUGAGGAGUGCUGUUGGAUCUGUGCCUUAUUGCAAAUUUUAGCGUAUUUAAACAAAAUGCUGCUCUUUUUCUAUUUUGACUUUUGAUAGGAGUAAUACUUUUGUGUUGUUUUUCCAAGAUAAUGGAUAUCAGGCCAAAAAUGUGUCAAUAGGGAAAGGUUAAAUGCAGCGGGGAGAGCAAGUAUUUGAUACACUGCCGAUUUUGCAGUUUUUCCUACUUACAAAGCAUGUAAUACAUGUAAUACUCUGUCUGUAAUUUUUAUCAUAGGUACACUUCAACUGUGAGAGACGGAAUCUAAAAAUCCAGAAAAUCACAUUUGUAUGAUUUUUAAGUAAUUAAUUAGCAUUUUAUUGCAUGACAUAAGUAUUUGAUACAUCAGAAAUGCAGAACUUAAUAUUUGGUACAGAACCCUUUUGCAAUUACAGAGAUCAUAUGUUUCCUGUAGCUCUUGACCAGGUAUAUCAAAUACAGCAGUAUAUCAAAUACUUCUUCUCCCCACUGUAUAUGGUUUUUGGGAUGUACUAUUUGUAAAUAACUUGUGUUAUUAACUUCUGCUGUUUUUCUUCAGCAAUAUUGUGUUCUGGUAUUCUAGUGUGUCAUUAAAUCCUGCAUGACUGUGCACACACCUUCACACCAUUGCCUUCCGUUUGAUCACAAUUAUCUUUAUCAGAUUACAUGGCCUGUCUUUUUCCACUUUUAUGUAAUAGCUCAAUUUGAGUCAAGUGAAGGUGUUGAUGGUGGUACAAUUCCCCCCCCCCCCCCAUUUUUCUUGUAUGUAAUAUUUUACAAAUGUGCAAUGCACUUUCCAAACUGAAAGGCAGCAAUAUGCAACAAUGCGUCUAGUCUGCU